AUGUCGUCCACUCCUUCAUUCACACAUGCCUCACAAAUCAAAGCACUUGCCGAUUGGCCCAAUCGAAGAAAGAAACAACAAGAAGAACGUAUUCGUAAAGAUUAUGAAAAUGCUGAGAAACAUAGACGUCAUUGGAUGAUGAUGGUUGGUCCUUCUUCUUCUCAACCAAAAUCUUCAUUUUCGAAUAUUGGAACAUUCAAUCGUGUUGGAUGGCCUAAUCGAAGAAAGGAAGAGCAAGAAGAGAGAAUUCUAAAGGAUUCUGAAAAAAGAAAACAUCACUGGUUGAUGUUGAAACGAUUGUUGUCAAACUUGGAUAAGAGUUCAAGAACAACAUUGAACGGAUUCGUGAGAUGGCCCAAUCGUAGAAAACAACAACAAGAACGCAUUCGUAAAGAUUAUGAAAAUGCUGAGAAACAUCAACGUCAUUGGAUGGUGAAUAAGGAGGAUGAAGACACAAAACUUGAAGAGAUGGUUCGUUCUGUGUUUGAUGAAGUCUUGUUGUUGGGUCGUGACAACCAUGAAGAAGAACAUUAG